UUUCCUUCAAAGCCACUGUGGGGCAGUCAAUGAGCCCGUUAAUGCGAGCUCCCUCGUAUAGCUUUCACUGCCCCAGAGCAAGACAAGGCAAGAGUCUCUGCCAGACGCAAGUCUUUACUAACAACAGGACCGAAAUCCUCUCUCUCUGCUGCACUGGGGAACGUCAGGAUAGCCAUGUCUAAAAGGAAGAUCUGCUGUCUUGUGCUGCUGGUCCUAGGGCUCCUGGCUAUUGCAGUUGCUGUCAUUGUAAUCCUGGCGCUACCCAAGUGUGCUCCUAGAAGUUAUCUGCAUGCUGCUGUAGCAGCUGACACUGAAAUCUGUUCAGACAUUGGCAGGGACAUCCUACAACGGAAAGGUUCAGCUGUGGAUGCUGCUAUUGCUGCUCUGGUCUGCACUUCAGUUUUGAACCCCCAGAGUAUGGGCCUGGGAGGAGGUGUCAUCUUUACCAUCUAUAAUGCAACCACAGGAGAGGUCGUUGUGAUUAACGCUCGUGAAACAGCUCCAAAAAAUAUCAACCAAGACUUGUUAAAUCAUUGUAAUGAUUCACCUCUCCAAAUAGGGAGCCAGUGGAUUGCAGUCCCGGGGGAGCUUCGCGGAUAUGAAGAAGCCCACAGGCGCUAUGGCCGGUUGCCAUGGAAAUGGCUGUUUGAACCAACCAUCGAGCUCCUUACACAUGGAAUCAGAAUGCCAGCAACACUGAGCAAAUUUCUCAGUCACCCGCUGUUACAGCACUUUUUGAAAAAGUCAUCCUUGUGCCAGCAGUUCUGUAAGAAUGGUGUGGUCCUAAAACCUGAUGCAAUCAUCUCUUGGCCAGCCCUGUCGAAAACACUGAAGGAUGUAGCAGAGAAGGGAGCCAGAGAAUUUUAUGAGGGCAAGAUAGCACAGGAUUUGGUGAAUGACAUAAAGAAUGAAAAUGGCAGUCUGACGCUGAGUGACCUCAAGAAUUUCCAGGCAAAAGUGAGGACACCUCUGAAUAUUUCUCUGGGUGGAUACACAAUGUAUUCCCCUCCACCACCUGCUGGGGGUGCUGUUCUUCUCUUCAUCCUCAACAUACUGAAAGAGUUUAAAUUCACACCAGAGUCCCUGGAGUCGACCAGUGGGAAGAUUGAGACCUACCAUCGGAUUGCAGAGGCCCUGAAGUUUGGCAAUGGGCAAAAGCCAAAACUGGAUGACCCGGAGUUCUCUGGCAUAGAGCAGGGGAUUAUUGAGGAACUGGUGUCCAACUCCUUUGCUGAACGUGUCAGGAAGCGUAUAGAUGACAGAGGUGACCAUCCAGACAGUUUUUACAAUCUGUCACCGCCAAGCAACAUAGGCUACGGCACCGCCCACGUCUCCGUCCUCGCUGAAGAUGGCAGUGCUGUGUCUGUCACCAGCACUAUCAACCAGCCGUUUGGCUCAAUGGUAUAUUCUCCAAGCACUGGGAUCAUUUUAAAUAACGAGCUCGCUGACUUCUGCAAGAAGAAGCCAAGAAACAAGAUCACUAGCGGAGAGAGACCCCCCUCUGCCAUGGUUCCUUCCAUUCUCGUCUCCAAAGAUGAUAACUCCAAGCUGGUGAUUGGAGGCUCAGGAGGGGACCUGAUUAUCAGCGCCACUGCCUUGGCAAUCAUGAACAAACUCUGGUUUGGCUAUGACCUGGAGCAUGCCAUCUUACUGCCAGUUCUCCAUGCUUCCACGGACAAUGCCAUCCAGUUCGAGCCAGGCUUUGAUGAGGCUGUUAAGAAGGGACUGCUGCGCAGAGGACACCAUGAACAGAACCGCACCAUGUUCCUGAAUGUUGUCCAGGGGAUUUCAAAGGAAGGAAGAUGCAUCUUUGCUUAUUCUGAUGGAAGGAAGGGGGGGAACUCAUCUGGGUAUUAAGAACAAGUGCUGUAGCAAACAUUUUAUUCUAGCCAAAAAGACUAUGAAAUAACUGGGUCCAGAGCACCAGCUAUCCUGGAAGCACCCCUGACAUCUCCUGUACCAGUCGGACUUCUUGAAGCCACCUAGCAGAGAGUGUGGGUGAGACUCAUAGUAACAACUGACUCUCCAAUAUCUGACAAGCUACCUUCAAGCUGUUACAGGCACUAGUCAGCCAGUCUUGGCUAGAAUCAUACCCUCCAUUUAUUAUAUCUGCCAGCUGGGUCCAGAGGACAAAGGACCAGCACUUGUGUGAUAUAUAGAAAUAUAUUUUGUGAACAGAGCAGCUAUUUAGCAUAUGAAGCCAGAAAUCAGGAAUUAACCAAGCAGUGGGAAUUUGGAAAGGGGAACCAGGCCCAGUGCCAGUGGGAGCUGCCCUCAGGAACCUGAAUCUAUCUUCCCUAGAGUCUGAAGAUCCUCAGAUAGGAGUGGGAGUGGUUUCUUUCUGGCUUUGGAAACCCCCCGACGUGUGAAUGUGCUUUCUGGCCACACCAUUCAUGUGAAAUAGGAAGCUAUGACAGACUUCUUUUUUUGCUCAGGUGUGUUUCAGCACCAACAAGUUGCACAGCACAGCUGCAAGAUACAGCUUUGCAUGGACGCACAAUAAGGGAGUGAGUCUAACAACAUUUUGUCUAGCUCUUGCCUGUCCCAUGGGUAUCAUUUGAAAUUAGUAUUAGCACAAAACUGGUCUAUGUACUACAGCAUCUGUUGCGGCAGUCAGCUACUAUAGGAACGAGGGCCACCUCUGUAGCAGCACUGAAGGUUUCUUAGGCCCUACCUAAGAGGGAGUCGCUACAAAUGAGCUGUGCAAAGCAUGACUGUGCAUUAGUGUGGAUAAUGUGAAUUCUCGUCUCCUUUGGAAGGAACUGAUGAUAUAUUGUAAUCUUCCAGUCUUACACCUCUCCCCUGGGGGCGGGGAGCCCUAAGCCUUCGCCAAAUUUCCUCGCUCAUCCUUAUCUAGACGUGUUCCAUAGGGAAGCUGAAGACAGGCCCCUGGAUGAGUUGAAGUGAGGACGCACAAGAGAAGGAAAUGAAUAUUUCUUCAAAACAGGAGUGAAAUGGGUUCUGGGAGGACCCUUUAAAAUAAGGGUGCAGGUAAGAGUAGUGUAGUCAGGAUUUCUAUUACAUCUUCACAAAUACGCAAUGAGCCUUUCCUAACUGGAGCUGUUACAGCGCCCACCAACGCACUGAGACACGAUGCAGAGAAGUGCUGUGCGUUCUGUGACUAGUUUACGCCUGUGUCCACAGGAAGAAUUGUGCUCCACAAAAACGAGUUGCCCCGAUUAACUACCGCAAGUGACCUACGUUUUUCGGAGAAUUCGAGGAGAGGAGUGUAGGAACAUGCCAAAGAACAGUCAUAGCUAAUACGCCUGUAGCAGGGGAGCAGACUAGUGCUUGUUAAAUCACAGAUGUGAGCGGCCUAGGGUGUUAUCUAUGCCUCAUCCCUGCCAUAAGUAUGAUUGGGUAUGCAGUCACAUUGUUUAUAUUUGUACACUGAUAUUUUUAAAGGGCUUUAGAAAAAUGUAUAGGACCAAAGAUUCAGCAUGCCUCUAUAAAUUCACCUGCAGUCA